AUGGCUGAAAGGACUGGUUCCUUGAGCUCAGACAGUGUGUUGGCGAUCGCCGCAACAGCUCUUCGCGCAGAUGGGGCCGCGCCGCCUAGCCUCAAGACGCCAUACGAGGCGAUCGCUCUAGUCGGCCAUGCGUCCAUGACAGCAGUCGGCUUUCGCUUAGUCGGACUUGGGGAAGACCACACGCUAGAAAACCGAUCCGAUAGCCCCUCACUUCCCGCAGAAUGGAACGCCAACACGGCCUUUGCCUUCCGCUACGCCCACUCACAGUCGUCGAUGCAAUAUCUGCUCAAGAUUAGCCGACUUGGAAAUAAUGCUGUCAUUUUCGCCUUGGCUUUGGGCGAUGACAGAACGACAUCUUUUGAUCUUCCGGUGAAAGACUAUGUCUCCGAAUCCGCGCUUCCCUUGCCCCCUACCGCCGAGGAUCUCCCAGCAGCACUUCGCGAAGCAUUUAUCUCUCCCUCUCGUAUUCAGGACUUGAUCGGAUUAUUCAAGAUCAACGUCAUUCAGAAGCUGGCGCCUGGACUGUAUAAAGAAGGCUACGAAGAUUCCGACCAGCCACAGGAGACGUUGCGCGAAAGAACUCUGGAAAGACCUCCACGCCAUGAUCCUCUACGAGACGAUCCGAUGCCCCAACCCGCUCGCCCGUACCCAUUUGACGACCCCCUGGCGGUGCCUCCCCGACGACCCGUCCCAGCUGGGGAUUUUCCGCCACCAGGAUUCGAGGAUGAAUUCGAGAUCCAGAGACCCCCUCGAGGAUACCCGGGAGGUAUGGGAGGAAGAAACCCGAUGAACAUUGGAGACCGAGAUUUGUACCCAGCGGGACUAGGCCCGAAUGAUCCUUUGCGAGGAGGUAUAGGCCCUGGGCUGGGAGGUGGCGGCGGUGGUGGCAUGCACCCCACGUUCGAUGAUCCUCUGUUUGGUGGACCUCGUGGACAAGGGUACGAUCCUCAAGCACCACCAGGCUCGCGGUAUGAUCCGGUAGGACCCGGACAAGGGGCACCAUUUGGACGAGGACAGGGGCCGUAUGGGGGACGCGGAUUUGGCGGAGGGUUCGGGGGAUUUGGUGGUGACAUCAUUUAA